UCGUUUCGCAUUUGCCUUCUUGGGGAGGUACAAGCAACACGUCAUAGUAUUGUAGCAUUAAGUACAUAUAAACAGACUGAAUUAGUGUUACUUUAGCCCCUGUCAAAAUGGGGACGAGUAGUAUUAGGUUAACAUUUUUUAGUGUUUUAUUAAUUUCCGUUUUAUGGAAACCAGCCUAUACAGAUGAUAAGUGUUCGAUAGGAUGCAAAGGAUCUGCUACGGCACCGACAUUUCUGAAUGGACAUAAAUACAACUAUGGCGUGGAGGGUACAGUCUCCAUAUUCCUCUCUGGCGCUGACAAACAGGAAACUAGCGUGAGGCUCCUGGGACAGGUCUCUGUCACUGCCAUCGGCAACUGCGUCAAUGAGCUCACUGUACAGAACUUGGCAAUUUCCGGUCCUAACGGCAAGAAAUAUCCAUGCCCCACUGGCAUAGAGAAACCAGUCCGUUUCACCAUUCAGGAUGGCAGAGUUGGCCCUGAGAUCUGUGUAGAGGAAGACGACAGCCGUCGAGCUCUGAACAUCAAGAGGGCUAUUAUUUCUCUGCUGCAGACAGAAAACAAAGCUUCGGUUCAGACGGACAUCUUCGGUACAUGCCCCACGGAGGCCGUGUCAUCGCAAGAAGGCGGUUCCGUACUUCUUCACAGAAACAGGGAUCUGUCUCGAUGUGCAUACCGUGAACAGGGCAAGAAUGAACUUAUCACAGCUGUCUACAACCCUACCGCUGAAAUCAAGAACAGUCAAGUCCUCCGCUCCAUAUUGAACGUGGAAUCGAAGGUGAACCAUGGUGUCCCAGAAAAAGUGGCCGCAACUGAGGAGUACCUGUACAGACCAUUUUCGGUUGGCGACAAUGGUGCUAAAGCGAAGGUGUUCACCAAACUGACACUGACUGGCAAAACUAAGGCUGGCGGUGCAUCCAACAAAUGCACACGUAGUCGAACUAUCAUCUUCGAGAAUCCCCAUGGUGCUGCCGUAGACAGUAAUGCCGAUGCCGCCGUGGCUGGCGUCAAGGAAACAGCUAAGAACCUCGCCAAUGAGGCUAACUCCAAAUCAGCUGGACUGUUCGCUCAACUAGUCAGGAUUUUCCGCAACACGAACAAAGAAGAUUUACUGAAGGUAUACAAUCAAGUCAAGGGCAACAAUUUGGAGAAACAAGUAUAUUUGGAUGCUCUAUUACGAGCUGGCACUGGCUACAGCAUUGAGGCCUCCGUGUCUAUCCUCAAGAGCAAAGAGCUAAGUCCUGUGGCUGAACAAUUGGUGUAUCUCUCUCUAGGAAACGCCAGACACGUCAAUAGCGAAGCUAUUAAAGCCGCCACUGGUUUAUUGGACAAUCCACGUAUUCCUAAAGAAGUCUAUCUUGGAAUUGGUGCACUUGCUGGUGCGUACUGCAGGGAACACAACUGCCAUACAGUAAAGUCUGAGGGUAUUACUGUUCUGAGUCAAAAGCUCGCUGCAAAAUUACAGAAUUGCAAACCCAAGUCGAAGGUUGAAGAAGAUGUUACUGUGGCUGUUCUUAAGGGCAUCCGUAACAUUCGACACUUGGAAGACAGUUUAAUUGAUAAGUUGGUCAGAUUCGCUAACGACAACGGUAUCAAGCCCAGAGUUAGGGUAGCAAUACUAGAAGCAUUCCAAGCAGAUCCAUGCUCAGCUAAGAUUAAGAAGACCGCCUUAGAACUGUUGAAGAAUCAGGAACUGGAUUCUGAGAUACGUAUCAAGGCAUACCUCGCCGUUAUCAGCUGCCCAUGUGGACACACAGCCAAUGAAAUUAAGAAUUUACUAGAAAACGAGCAAUCUCAACAAGUUGGACGUUUCAUCACAUCGUCUCUGCGCCACAUCCGGGCAUCUACGAACCCUGAUAAGAGUCUUGCGCGUCAACACUAUGGGCUUAUUCGCACCCCUAACAGAUUCAAUGUCGACGACAGAAAAUAUUCCUUCUACCGCGAGCUUUCAUAUAACAUUGACUCAGCGGGCGUAGGUGGCACCGUUGAACAAACCGUGAUUUACUCACAAGACUCAUUCUUGCCUCGAUCUGCUGCCCUCAACCUUACCGCUGAGGUCUUCGGACACAACUUCAACGUUCUUGAGGUUGGCGGACGUCAAGGAAACCUUGAUCGUGUUAUAGAACAUUUCCUCGGACCAAAGGGUGUUUUACGUACGGAAAACCCACAGGAAAUUUAUGAUAACAUCCUAAAACAAUACGAAGAAUCUAAGAAAAAAGUACAAGAUGGACUAUCUAGAGGUCGUCGCUCUGUUAAAUCUGAAGUGGACAACUUCGACAAGCAUCUGAAAGCGGAAUCUGCACCGUUCAACAAUGAACUGGACUUGGAUUUGUAUGUGAAACUAUUUGGCACAGACGCAGUAUUCCUUUCACUUGGAGAUGACAAAGGUUUUGACUUCAAUAGGGUUCUUGAUCAGUUCUUGAGAAUCGUAAACACUGGUGCCAACCAAGCCAAGAACUUUAAGCAAGAACUUCGCGCAAAUCUGUUAUUCCUUGACGCUGAAUUAGUUUAUCCAACUGCAACUGGUCUUCCUCUGAAAUUAGACCUCGUAGGAGCUGCCACUGGUCGUGUCGAUGUGGUGACCAAUAUUGAUUUCAACAAGCUCUUCUCAGGGUCUGAAGAUCGUAAAGUUGAAAUUAAACUUGUACCCAGCACCGAUAUUGAGGUUUCUGGACUUUUCUUGGUAGACGCUAAUGCUGUAGCAACUGGACUCAAAGUGAUUAACAACCUACACUCAUCCACUGGUGGUCAUCUAAUCGCUAAGUCAAUCGAAGGUGGUCGCGGAUUUGAUAUUCAAUUUGGAUUGCCCAUCGACAAGCAAGAAAUCUUAACUGCGUCAAAUGACAUAGUGUUCUUCACUGCUGAAAAAGGAAGGCAGGAAAAACAUAUUCCAGUGAAGAUUGAAACUACUAGGAAAGAAUAUUCAGGAUGUUUUGACCAACUUUCCGGUGUAUUGGGGCUUACACUCUGUGGCGAAGUGUCUAUACCAUUUGCAGUAUCAGGUGAAGAGGCUCAAGCGUCUAUUUCUAAAUUCAUCUCCCGCUACCCACUGACUGGAGCGUCCUCAGUAAAAUUAGUUUUAGAAAAGAACAACUUGAAAGGUUAUCAUAUCAAGGGUGUACUCCGUGGUGAUGAUCCUGAGAGAAAAGGAUUCGAACUUUUGUUUGAUGCUCAAGGUUCACAAAACCGCCGCACACAAUUGAGUGGAGAGUACGUGAACUGCGCAACCGAAAAAUCAAUCAAACUGAAUUUGGACUCACCAAUUAAAGUUGUUCAUGGACAAGUAGCACUUUACACUAAACCAAGCGAAUACACCGUCGUAGUAAAUGGAAAAUUAGAUGCUGCCGAAGUAUAUGCGAGAGUUGGAUUCAACGUACAAGGGAAUGAAAAACGUAGUGUCUUUAGACCCAUUAUUGAAUACAAACUUCCCGAUAAAGGCGACAAACAAACUCUCAAGAUCAACGGAGAAAUUGUUAGGGAAGUUUCUACACCUGUAACAAAAUACACAAUUCAGGGAUUGAAAAUCGAUAUUCCUAACUCUAAUGAAUGUGUUGAUAUCAAUGGGCACCUUGUUACUCAACCAAGUGGUGUGGAACUAGACCUUAAGGCGCAGAAAGGUGAACAUAAUGUGUUACUGAGUGGUUCAGUGAAAAACAAAGAUGUACAAUUAGAAUUCCGUAAUACUUUGAACCCAUACGUGAACUUCAAGCUCAAGGGACACUUUGAAAAUGGUGAAACGAUCCACAACGACUUGGAUAUUGUUGUAGGCGGAGACCUAAACAAUAAUCAAAACCGCAUCUUGUUCAACCAGUUAUUUAAAAACUACAAAAAAUCAGAAACUGAAUUCAGCGUUAUCACUAAGAACAAGAUUGAAAUAAAUCCUAUUGACUUUAAAGUCAGGGCUGAUGCUGAAGUUGAUCCCAAAAAGGUUGACGUAGAAUUUGAAGCACAAUACGCUAAAGAUAAAGUGGAUUUGGAACUUAAAGCACGUUCACAUAUUAAACAGCCUGAUGACUACAGCUUGAAAUUAAUUGCUAAUGUAAACGAUAAAGGAUUAGAAGUCUUCUCAAAGAGAGACUGCUUGACUGAUGAGAAAUCUAACUUCGAAAAUUAUGUUACAAUUAAAAACUUUGGCAAAUACGAGCUGUCUGGCGUGGUGCUUCAUAAAAAUAAGCCCAAUGACGUCGUUGUUGGAGCUGUUGGUCAUUUUAGAGUUUCGGGUGGCAGCAAGACGGAAGAUAUCAAGUUCGAUAUUGGAUUCACCCAAAAUGAAAACCAAUAUUCGUCUCACGCCAAAAUAUCUUCAACCCGUGGCGAGUUUCUCGACUACUUACUGAAAAUCUCACACGGAAGUAAUCCAAAUGGUCAAUUGAAACUGAUCUUGAGAGAUACAAUCUCUGCUACCGGCCAAUAUAAAGUAACUGAUGCUGAUGGCAAAGGCAAUGGUGCUAUUAUAAUUGAAUUCAAAAAGCUUCAACGAAAGAUCAAGGGAGAUGUGUCGUUCGUUGCCAAGGAGCCAGUGUUCAGUGCUGAAAUCGAUGUUUACUUAAACUUCGAAAAGGACAACAAUGACAAAGUACACUUCACCACCAACACAAAGAGAACCGCUAAGAGUUUAGAUACAAAGAACAAAGUCGUAUACGCUGGUAAGCAUUCAGAAGUCAACGUCCGCACUGAUGGAGAUAUUACAGAAUUUGGUAAGAGCAGUGCUAACGUCGAAGUAGUGCUGCCUACAGAGAGGUGUCUCAGCUUCAAAGUUAACCGAGACGUCACCGUCAAGGAUAACGUUGCUAAUGGUCACAUCGAAGCGGUACUUUCUGAUGCAGCGAAGCGUGGUGGAAAGGCAUCUCUCAUCAGUUACAAGGCUAAAGUUACCAACACUAAUUUAGAGAAGCAGAUCAUCCAUUACGAAGGACAAAUAGAGCUUAAAUUGAAAGAGGGCAAACAGUUGCAGAAUGCCAUCGUGUUAACAAACGAUCUCGCCGGAGACAAAUUCAAAUAUAACUUUAAGUAUGACAUAACCGGUAACUUGCUUCCGAAACGGUUCACUGUAUCAGCUCACGGUACAUACCUUGACUCGGAAGAGAUCGUCGAUCUAACAUACUUCAGCAAAGGUAGCUAUGGUGACAACAUUGGCUAUGACAUCAACGGAGAAUACGUAGUCAAACUACUUGACAAAGGAGAGAAGAAGUACUACGACUACUUUGUGGUUAAAUUCAUAACUCCAUUUGAAAAAGCUCACGAUAUUAAGUACACCUCCUACUUCCUGUACACUGAACCAGAAAACGGGGAAAAAUCCGAGUACGACCUCAAACAAGCAGUGCAAGUGAAUGCUAAUGAGUACAAGUUCGAUUCAAAAGGCUAUGUCGCUGAAAACGACGGUGGUGUCAAGCUGCACCUACUGGCGCCUCAUGUGGAACCCUUCAACAUUGACACCAAAUACAAAACUCAUUCUGAAGGUGAGAAACACGUCGGUAACGUGGAAGUGAAGGCGCAGUAUGGUAAAGGAAAAUCUGUUAACUUGGUGGUGAACGGUGCAGCAGCGCCUCAGGAGUACGACUUGGAUAUCAAGGCGAAUGCGCCACAAGCCGAGAACCUUAAGAAGCUGGAUUUGUCUCUUAAGACCAAGAACCCCUCACCUGAUACUUACGUGGUGCUCGUCGCCAUCGACGCUGAUGGAAGGGUAUACAAGUCGCAGUCGACCGUCGUGUAUUCAGAGGCUAACCCAUUAAUCGACGUUUCCUAUACUGCACCAAACACACCAACGAGCAGACUUUACGUCAAGGGUGUUAAAUUAAGCGAGAACCAAGCUAAAGUAGAAGUGAAAAUUGUCAACAUCCGCGACCUUUCUCUAGACGCCGUCUCUGAGGCUACCUUGCAGAAAGACAAUAUUAUCUUGAAAGUGGUCGCCAACUCUGAGAAAUUGGGAUUGAAAAAUUAUAAAGUGGACGUUGCAACCAAAGAUGCUAAUAAUAACGGCAAACGCUUAGAAUUCCAGGCAACGAAUGACAACAAGAACGUAUUAAGUGGAAGUACGACAUUCAUCAGCAAACAGGAGAAUAAGAAAACAAUAAUCGAAGGCUCUGGAACAUUGAAGGUCAAAGAGGAACAGAAGUCCGCCAAUUUCAAAUACAUCAGAACUAUUUUGACAGAAGGCAACGAGCAAGGAGUUGAGACCUUCUUGAACCUGGCUGUUGGUGAGAGCAGCUACGUGGCGGAAUCCCGUAUCACAAACCUCGAAUACAAGAACUCAUAUGUAUACUGCGAAGAGAAGAAACAGUGCGCUCACGUCGAGUUGAACUCGAAGGUCAACAUACAAAAACCAGGCGUCGUGCAGCAUACAGUCAACGUUAACUUCGAUUUAGUGAAACUUGGCAUUUCUCCCGAGUUCGGUCUACAGAUCACCAAUGAGAUUUCUGAAAAGAAACUGCCUCAGUACACACUAGACUUGCACGCCAUCAAGAAUGACAAGAAAUAUCACCUGAACAUCUACAGCCAUCCAGAAUUAGGCAAAUUCCCAGCCGGCAUCACAGUCACUCUCCCACAUCGCGUCUUGGCUCUUGAGACUAGAGUGGAAUACCCCACAAAUAAAGGAUUACCGUUCCCCAUCAAAGGAGAAAUCACCAUCCACCCAGACAAGAGAAAGGCCCAAUAUAAAACAGCUGCAAGAUUCUUGGUCGAUGUUACUGGCAGUGACAAACAGCAUGCACUUAUUGCUGACUUCGGUUUCAGUCAUCCUAAAUUGGGCAAGGAAGCAUUAUUCAAGGUUCGUGGUAACCUGAAGAACAGUGAUAAUAUAAUUGAAAUUGCAACAUCAGCCAGCGUCAGCUGUCAUCCAAUCUUUGGGGCUGAUCGUGAGUCGAAGUUCGUACUGCAAGUUAGCCCGUCAUCAUUCAAACUCUUGCUGGACACACCAAUUGUCAAAGUGAUUGAAUUAGAAGGCACUGCGGUAGUAAAGGAGAACUUGCAGCAAGGCGAUUUGAAAUUCUGCCUACUUCAGGGAAAACCAGUGGCCGUCCGUGCCCUCAUCAAGGACUACCAAUAUUAUGAAUUUACUACAGGUUAUAGUGACGAGUCUGACCGCAAAUUGUCUGUGAUUGGCCAUUUGGACCCUGAGAAGCGUGUGGACAUCAGCGCUGACCUAGUCCUCUCUGGAGAAAAGAAGAACAUCGCCCACGGUGCCCUCUUCUUGAAGGACAACCUCGUCAAGAGUGAAUAUGGAGCCUCUAAGGACAAUUUCGAUUACUUUGUGACCGCACUGAAGAAUGACCUAACAAACCUCGAGGCACGAGUUAAACAGCUUGGUGAGGAGAUCAACUCAGAUUUCAAGGACAUCUUGAAGAGAGCACAACCUAAAAUCCAAGAACUUGAAAAAGCCUACAAAGAAGACUUGGAGAAGAUAUAUCAAGAAGUCGCCAACGAUGAGACUUUGAAAGAAAUUUCGCAAGUUAUUAACGAGGUCGCACAGUUCCUGGCGAAGAUUAUCGACGAUAUUGUUCAUGCCUUCAAACCCCUCGUUGACAAAAUUUACAAUGUAAUCGUUGAGACCACCAAGAAGAUCGAGGAAAUCUAUGAGAAAGAGAUCGCACCCCAAAUAAAGAGUUUGUACGAAACCGUUGCAUCUAUCGUGAAAGAAUUCUUCGAUGGACUGCUUGACAUCGUUGCUCACUACGCCGCCCUUAUUACUGACUUUUACGAGAAACACAAGCCCGAGUUAGAGGAGCUUACCAACACUAUUACUGAAAUCUUUAAAGACUUGACCAGAAUAAUCGUUAUUCAACUGAAGGAGCUGAAGGCGACUGUUGGCCAGGCCUUGGAAGCGAUUAUUACAACUAUCAAGGAAACACAGAAUUCUGUUGUUACUGCCUUACAAGCAAAGUAUGAAGAAUUGGGAGUACCAGAAAGUGUUCUGAAUGCUAUACUGGAGGCUCACAAUGCAAUUCGAGCAUUGUUGCCAACAGAAGAAACCAAGAACUUCGCUGAUGCGGUAUACACCUACGUUUCUAAGAAACUACGCUCAGAGAAAUUCGACGAGCAAGCCCAAUUGCGUGUUGUCUACGAGAAAUUCACUGUGGCUCUGCAAUCGCUCAUUCAGUUCCUUCGCGGUCAAUUCAACCAAUUCGGAAUACCGUCACUAUUCAACAUUGAAUCCAUACCGUUUAUCACUGGCCCCGGACAACUGUCAUACACGCCGACAGGCGUAGGCGCAUCUCUGAGUUUGGUGAACCAAAUCUUGCGCGGAGACAUCCCUGAUCCUCUCUCGUUGAUUCAAGCGUAUAGACCUCGCAGUUUGGAUCCAUUCGAUGAAAUUCCUGCUAAACUUCGAGCGGUGGUCGUCAAUGGACAACACAUCUUCACGUUCGACGGUCGCCACCUCACGUUCCCCGGCAACUGUCGCUACGUCCUUGCUCACGACUACGUCGACAGAAACUUCACGCUUGUCCUACAACUGCAGAAUGGCAAGCCCAAGUCUCUCAUACUCGAAGACAAGAGUGGUACCACAGUAGAAUUAAAGGACAACGGACAGGUUGCAGUCAACGGUGCUUCACACGGGUACCCUGUUGAAGAGAAAGACGUCUACGCAUUCAGAAGGCCCGAUGGUGUGCUUGGUAUUGGAUCGCAAUACGGUGCAUUGGCAUACUGUUCUGCUAAACUCGAGGUGUGCUACUUCGAAAUAAACGGCUUCUACCUCGGUAAACUGCGUGGUCUGCUGGGUGACGGUAACAACGAGGCAUAUGAUGACUUCAGACUGCCCAAUGGAAAGAUUUCCACAUCGGAAUCUGAAUUUGGCAACUCGUACCGCUUGGCUAGCAGCUGCCCGCAGGCCAAGUGUCCGGAACACUCACAUCACCAGCAGCACGCUGCUCUGCCGCCUGCUUGUGAACAGGUCUUCGGAGGCACCUCCACGCUGCGCCCGCUCAGCUUAGUACUCGAUGUUGCUCCAUUCAGACAAGCCUGCAUCCAUGCUGUUGCUGGCAACGCUGAGAAUGCACUCCGCGAGGCCUGCUCCCUCGGCGCUGGGUACGUUGCACUUGGACUCGGAACCCUGCUACCAGCAGUUUUACCACCUGCCUGCGUCCGCUGCACAGACGCCGGUGGCAGCAAGAACAUCGGCGACACCUACGAGGUCAAGCUGCCCAACAAACAAGCCGACAUCCUUGUCGUCAUCGAAACUACGAAGAGCAACGAGAAGAACUACAAGGAUUUGGUAGUACCGUUGGUCUCUCAAGUGGUGGACAACCUGAAGAGCAAGCACAUCACCGACAUCAAGGUCUAUUUGAUCGGAGUCACCUCCAGAUUCCCGUACCCUAUCGUUUACGACACAGACUUGAAACUGAAGAGCGCGAAGGUUGCAUUCAAUGAUGAGCAUCGUUACCAAUACACACCAACCAUAAAGACCAACUGUGAGAAGGCGGAUUCCAUCCAAAAGACAAUUGCCAAUGUCAUUGAUGAAAUCAGAAUUGUCUUGGGAUUAUCCAACAUCAAUGCUGGAUAUUUGAGUGCAUUCGAGACACCGCUGCGACCUGGUGCUCUCAAACACGUUAUUACGGUCAACGGUGACGCGUGCAAACUUGAAAUUGGUACUCCACUACAGGCAAUUAGUAACAUAAUCACAUACAACCAAUUGGGCAUCACCCAUAGUUUGGUAGCAUCCAUCCCCGGUCUCGAAGUUGACGGCAAGAGCGCUCCUAACGUUAUUGGUUACACCAACGACUACGCUUUGGAGUUCGAUGGAAAGAAACAUGCCAAGGAAGUACAGGGCGCGAAGGUCACUCUCACAGAAGACAAUUACUGCGCUGAAUUGACUGAAGUCACUGACGGACUCGUUUUAUCUGCUACCAACUACAACGCUUUGGGUGCUGGCGAGCGGAAGCAGUUCCUGCUGGCUGCCGCCAAUGCUAUCACUCAGAGAAUCUUGCAAGAGUCCAUCGUGGAGGAAUGCGUCUGUAACUACGCAAACCCCUUCGUCGGCCGCUCCGCCUGCGUCGUCAAGUCGAGGAAGGAAGUGGCUCGCAGACGAAAGUAAGCUGUCCCAAAUGAAACCAACGAGACUGUGAUUUGUGCCAUUAUGUACCGAAUACUCUAGUUUUAUAUAGCUACCGUCUCGUACCGUGGGAGCGAGAUGUAUAUACAUGUGUACGUAUAUGCAUCUCUUUCGCACAACGUUAUAUCAAACAUCCCGUUACCUCUCUUUCUAUAGCUGUUCUGUUUUUUUUUUUUUAUUUUAUUAUAAAUUAUUUAAGUACAUAAUUGUCUAUACAAUAAAGAGGCGUUGUCUCAUUGAAAUAAUCUCACCUUGUAUUAGAAUAAAAUAUGUUAAUAAUUA